CAGACCUGCAUGGAACUGAGACUGAAUGGAAAACAGAAGGACAGAAGGAAAUAUUUAUAUCUGAAUGGAAAGAGUCAGAUAGAAAUAUUUUAAUGAUGUUUUACCAGUCAAUAGUCUUAAAAAAUUAUUACACAAAACUGAUCUCCCUGUCCUGAGCGCUCACUAUCAUGGAGGCGGAAUGGAAGCAGGGAAGGGGUUGUGGUUGUGGUUGCAGCCACAUCGACGCGGACGCUGCGACGGGUCUGCGCAGCUGUGUUGCGCAGAGAUUCACUAGCGAUGUAAGAUCAGGACGAAAGGAAGAAUUCUCCCCUGGAGUCUGUCUGACUAAUAAGGUCCACAUUGCAGUUUCACCGUGUGUACAUAUCAGAUGUCGUCAUUGGGAGAACACCAGCGCUCUGGCCUGACAAAAUAUGGACAAGCAAAAGCUGGGAUUAAUGCGGUUACAACAAUAUUGAGGCAACUUCAUGGAGAAAACUAAAGGAAUCCCUUUAAGAUGACACGCACAGACCCACCUGAUAUACUGGUAUCAACUGUGCAUCAAGACAUAAAAGUGAUUCCUAUAUCUACCCACUACAAAUCUUUGCAGCCCUCCAAACAAUGUGAUUUUAUAAGUUGCUUUACACUGGAGGACAGUCAGAGCAAAGUUAAUAAGAGGCACUGUCGAACCUUUGACUAUAAGUCAUUGGAGUACCCAAAAUCACACAAGUCCUCAAUGGAGUCCCCACACAGAAAAGCUGAUAGGCAUGCAGCCAACCCAGAUGUUGCUUGGAAUGCCCUGGGUCGCCACCAGAGAUGCCGUUUUUCUGCUCCAGACAUUUUCAGUCACAGAUUAACUCCUCAAUCUGUGUCUGCAGAAAGGGCAAGUGAGGUACUUGUCCCUGAAAAUAAAAGAAGGACCAGGUCAAAAAGUGCCUCUCGUGUUCAGACUGGCCUCACUCCUGUGACUUUUGAAGGUUACUCAUUAUCAGGAAGAAAAGGAAGAGAGUCCCAAAGGGUUCCAAGAGAUUCUCGCUGGAGAGCUGAAGCAUCCCCACUUAGAGGGUCAUCUUAUGUAGCAACAAGGACUCAUAUGCAUGAAGUACAUCCCAUUAAGCUGCAGCCUCAAAUUGGAGACAGCAAUAGAUAUUCACCACACUAUGCUUCUGAUAAAUUUGAGGAUGGAAGUCUAGAUAAAUCAGCAACUAGCCCCCAUGUUAGGUGUCGAGUGGACAUCAAGCCCGAUGAUGUGGCAUUACAUCAUUCAGGCCGAAAACAGACAUCUGCAAUGGAAAUACCCUGGCAGAGGCAUCACAGUACUGGGAGAAGUCUGACUGUGCCACGUCAUUUCUCCUACUCCAGAACUCCAACUCCCACUGACUCAAUGGGUGCAGAAAGAAGGCAAGCUUAUCAAUAUUCCCGAAGCAUGCCCAAUACUUACCUACAACACAUGGAGCUUCCAUUACAAAGAAUGCCUUCUGCUGGUGAUUAUUAUGGUAGAGAACAUAGAGCUCAUUCCAGUCCUAAUGUGCCAACUAAUUUCUUUUAUGCAGAUGAUGUAGCCAGAUAUGUGACUGCUCCUGCUCCAAAACCAGGAUCUUUUUUUCAUGAUGAGCAUUACACACCAGGUAAAACAUACAGUCCCAAAGUACAGUAUGUGCAAGAUCCAAGGACUCGAAUAGUGCAUGCUGUAGCUACUAGACCAUAUUAUUCUGAAAUGGAGCCCCACCCUUACUCUGUGCAGUCAGGAUAUCCCAAACCAUAUGCUGAAAAUGAACCAGGCCCAUACAUCAUAAGCACACCCCCCACAAGUAUAUUGUAUGGUGAUGAUCCAAGAACUUAUCAAAUUCAGACAGCACCACCACGAUUUUAUUAUUCCAGUGAUAUGUUUGCAGUGCCCCCAGAGCACCAUGUUCCAGCAAGGGCAUACUAUACUGAAGGUCGAAGACAUGCUAGAGUCACUCAACCACAAACUGAUGACUGGUAUGGUUCUGAUGCAUCUGGUUAUUCUACUAAUCCAGCCUCCUAUGUGUCGCAGAUCACUCCAACCAGAGUCCGGCAAGAGCCUGUACUAACUCCAUGGUAUACCAAUCCAUGUGUAGAACCUCAAAAAAUAGGAACAGAUUCCAAAUCUUAUUCCAGGUCUUGGGACAAUAUUCUCAACUCACGUGUAGAAAGAGAACAACCUCUUCCUGUACAGAGAGGUCAGAGCUAUGAUGAUCUUCUGGACUCCGGGAAGCCGCCUACAGCCACAGGUGACAAACCAAAACCAGUGGUAGUCAAUCUUUCCAGUUCACCAAGACGCUAUGCAGCCUUAUCAGUGUCUGAUAACUCACUUAUUGACAAAAGUCCAACAGAGACGUCGAAAAGUCCCACAAGCAAACUUUGGUUUGUUACUCCUGAAAUAACAAUCACUGAUAAUGACAUUAGGCCUGGAAAUCUUAACAAGGCUGAAGGACGGUCUGCAAGUUGGGAUAUUCUUAACUCUAGAAACGCUGAGGAUCUAGAAUUACAUGACUUUGAUAGCUCAACCAAAGAAAAGACACAUGAUAAUGCCUCACUUCAGCAAAGCCUUGAGCAGCUUGAUGAGCUCCUAGCAGAUCUUGUGACUGACUACAAGCCACCCAGUAGACGAACAAGUGAGGAGAUUUUGGACCAAUUAAAGAAGUUAAUUGAUGAGGAAGAAGCAGUAUCUCUGUCCAGAAAAUGCUCAAAGCCAGAUACAGAUGAACCACUGCCUCUGGAUAAGCAGCCAACUUCAAUCAAAAUUAAUCCAGAUGUUUUUCGUGACAUGGAUGGGCCAAGUGAUUCAAUGAAGACCACAGAGGAAUGCUCUCCAGAUCAAAGUCCAGAUGAGGAUGAUACAAUGAUGUGCUCCAACAAUAAGUGCCGGAGAACAGAGACCUUAUUCAAUGCUUGUCUUUAUUUUAAAUCCUGCCACAGCUGUUACACCUACUACUGCUCUCGGAACUGCCGUAGAGAGGAUUGGGACAUACAUAAAGAAAGCUGCUUAUAUGGAAGAAUUGGAAGCACAUGCCGGCAUAUUAUAAAACACUGCCGGGAGACUGUUGAAGUCCACAAAGCCUUCUCCCGUAUUGCCAAGGUUGGCUACCUUUCUCGAGGUAGGGGGGUUCUCUUCCUUGGCUUUCCAAAUCCUUCUUCAUCUUGUAGCUUCCUGCAGUAUGGCCUGAAUAGUUUACCAAUGUCUCCUACAUACCUGUCUCUUCGGGAGCUUGAAAGCUUCAAAGACAAUCUGGGGGAAUACUGUAAUGAGCUGCAAGAAGCUGGUAAAGAAUAUGACCCAAACGAAUGUUUCAUCUUGAAUGUAUCCAUUGCUGUGGGUGACCAGCUGGCCGAUGGGCCAUCGCCAAGGAAUCAAGCUCCUACAGUUAGAAAAUAUGCAAAAAUUGCAUUGGCUUCUUUUAGUCCUGAGAGAAAGGUUCACAAGAAAGAGAGUGACAUGGAAACACUGAUCCUUACACCACCUCCAGGAAUGGCUGAUAUUGACAUGGAAGGGGAGGAAGGUCAGAAGGCACGAGAAAUUUGUUUCAUCAAUAUACAACGGGAACUGAGAAUGAGAGGAGUUUUUCUACGCCAUGAAUACCCAAAUGUGUAUCAACAGCUUUGUGAAUUUGUGGAAAGCAACACAAGGUUCACACCCACAACUAUUUAUCCAAUUGAUAAGAGAACUGGCAAACAGUUUAUGUGCAUGAUCAUGGCUGCCUCUGAGCCCAGAACGCUGGACUGGGUUGGUGCACCACAUCUGCUUGAUGACAUCAUUUAAGGGCACCUUUUGUUGAAAAUAGAUGUGUAUAGAAAUACAUACAAAUUCUUGCACAUAUUUCUAUUGGUCUAGCUGUAUACAGUUGUGUGUAGUGCAACUGUAGAAAUUACUUAAUUCAUGCCUGCUUGGUCAGUAUUAUUUAUUAUUAAAAUAUUUUCUUAUCAGGUGUAGAAGUACAAUAUAUUAGUUAUUUAUUUUAACACUAUAAAAUGCUUUAAGUCAUCCACAAGUCAUUUUCUUGUUUCUACUGUUACAAGACAUUCCCCUAGGUUGGGACUGCUAAAUUCACAUAUUACUACUAAACUAACAUAUUGUUUUUUUAAUAUCUCAGAUAAGUAAAUAGUGGUUAUUAUUUUUCCUGAACUUUUUUACAUGACUGUCUACAUCUGUGAGUACAACAUACAUAUUUUCAUAUGUAACUUUAAUGGUAUGACAUGCUGGAAAUAAGAAACAUUAUUUUCUUAGCAACGCAAACACUUUCUAUGCAAGGUUAUUUCAUCAAUUAAGUACCACAUUCCUGCAGGUGUAGCAUCUGCUAUAUUAUGUAUGAUACAUACAUAUUAUUAAAAGAAUAUAUAAAGAGAUUUUAGAGACUGUAAAGUAAAGAGUUUGAUGGAAGUGUAAAUUCUUAUUAGACAUAAAUGAUGACUGAGAAAGAAACAUCUUGUGCUGCUUAAGAUAUCUAGUAGAAAAGUCACAAAAUACUUUUUAAAAUAAAAAUCAAAUACUUUUUAUUGAUUUGAAAACGUACUCUAUUGAAAACAUGGAUUCUUCUGUCUAAAGGCAUACUUGGAGAACUUCAUAUCAGCAUAACAUUUCUUUAUUCUGCUCUGUAGAAUUAGCAGAGCAAUCCUGGACUUGAAAACCUUCAGAGUGGAUGUUAUAAUGGUGCCAGUUACAAGCCUCACUAGAGGUGUUGGGCUGUACUCUUGAGUUUAAACACUGUGAAUAGUGAAAGUUAUCUAAAACAAAAACUCAACGUGGUCAAAUGCCAACAUAUAAUGCAAUUUCUUUGAAAUACAAUUUUAUGAGUUGUCCUUUUAGAUAUUUUCACAAAUAGGAGUUAUUAUCCUUUGAACAAAGUGAGCCAGAUUUUGGCACGGUAACUGUAAGGUAGACUUCUGAAAUAGGGACAGAAGAAGUUAGCUGUGAAUUUGUGCUGAUCUAGGUUUUUUACAUGUAUAAUGUCUUUAUUAGUUUUAGCGAAUCAGAGUCUUUAAUUUGUUUAUUAGGUACAAAAAUGUAAAAAGUUUAAUAAUACCGCUUAGCCAUAUUGCCUCAUUCUUUCUGUUAAUUGUGUAUUUGUAGCAUCCUAAAUCUUACUUUUAUCCUAGAGAUGAAUGGAAAGAAGGUUGUGGCUUGAAUUUGUUGUAUGUUUGAGUGCUAAUAUUCUACUUAAAUAUGGUUUACCUGACACCACAAAAACAUACAAGUCGCAGUGUAUCACAAAUAUGUAAAUUUCCUAUAAAUCACAAAUGAAGGUGGAUCAAUUUGUUUUCCUUGAACGAUAUACCUUUCUCAAUCCUCAGAAUCUGUACAACAAAGUAUGAUGAAACUUGAGGCUUACAUAUAUAUAUAUAUUUUUUAAAAAAGUUACUUUUAAUAUAAAGUACUGUAAAGAAAAAUAGCUUGGAAAGUUGACUGGCUGCAUGUUAUUUGAUUUUUCUUCUCCAAUCUCAUUUGAACAUGUUAGUAACUGCAACAUGCUUGAUGAAUGAUCCUGUGAAAGUGAUACAAAGCUGUCCAAGAUUUGUUAUCUUCAUUUCUAUUUACCAUGUUAAACAAUAAGAGACCUCACUAAAAUGUUUAGAAAAUCCUGUAAUCUUGUAUUUUUUAUACUUUCAACAUAUAUGUGUGCGUGUGUGUGUGUGUCUAUUUAUAAACCAUGUCCAAUAAAUGGAACAGGAACUGUCUUCUUUCUUUUCUCAAGGGGAUAUUCAUUCAAGUUAAGCUUUUUAAUCAGAGUAUUGGAAAAACAGGGGUAUUACAAAUGAGCCAUUUUCUUUUGUUGACCGGUUGAGGACCUCUGAUUUAAACACUAUUUAUUACAUCUGUUAUGAGUGUUAUGUCUGUACCAUGUAACCCAAAUAGUCUAAUUUGAUAUUAUUUACUCAAGAAAUUAGGCAUUUUUUCUAUGGAGAUCUAAAGAUCUGUAUGUCUUUGGAGGAACAAAGGUAUGUAGAUCUUUGUUCCUCCAAAGGGUAGGAAACAAAAAGGGAGAAAGGAAGAGAAAGGGUUUAGAGGGGAAAAAAAGGAAGUAAGGGAGAGAAAGACGCAUAGAGAAAAGAAAAGUCAACACCCUUGAAGUCUGCCUUUAGACCUGCAGAAAAAGAAAACAAGUAUUUAGUAACUAGAUUUUUAUAUAUAAUAGAAAGUUAAAUCUGACUGGAUAUCACCCAGUGAGAAAUAAAGUUCACAUCCUUUGAUGAACCUUUGAUGGCAUUUUUACUACUAGAACUUUACUGUGCAGCUUUCUUAAAAAACUGAAUUUGAAUAAUCCUCCAUCUGUGCCCUUUAUCCAUAUGACCCACUAAUGGAAGUAGAAAUAUUUAUCACUCUGUACUUGGUCAAUAAGCAGUUUAAGUAAGACAGCACAAACAAGCUGAUAUAAUGAUGAUAAAGUGUGCAUUUCAUCAAACUUGAAAUCUAAAGUGUCUAAUAUUCAGCAAGUCUAAAUGUUGAGGGUCAUAAAGGAAGAGGCCAGCAGAGGGCAGUGUACCUGCUUUUAAACAUCAAUGUUCCUAGUUACUAGAAGUUACUCCUGUGACCAACUCACUGGUUACAUCAAUAUAAUGUAAUCACACAUUGAAAAUAAUUCGCUGAUGUUUUUGCCCUUCUAAAAGUUCAGUCAUUAUAUUCCAUUGUUAGACUUGGUCUUGAUAAGCUACUGUAUGCACUUUUUACUGUAUUUUAGAAAAAUAAACCCACAAGGCCAAAUUUAGCUAUGUGUGAACAACCCAUAAUAAUCUGAACUCAAACAGAACUAAAAAAAGAUUUGCAGUUUGUUUCCCCUGGUGUUUGUUACUACAUACCAUCCAUAUAUUGCAUGUGUAUUGCAAUCCGAAUGCCACUGUUAUAAAUCCUACAAUGUCUAGAAAAAGCUGAUGAAUAGGACCAUGUUUUUUUAAAUCGGAACUCCUGCAUUGCAUUUCAAUAUUUCCAACACACACAUAAAUCUAAUGACUGCUGGACAGCUCAAUUAAGGUUAAUUUGACAAUUGUACCUCGCAGUUUGCAUAAAGGAAGGAGUGUCAUUAUUAAAAAGUACAGAAUAUAUUAGUUGCAAUCUGUGCAAUGUCAAGGAUUGACUAUCUGCAGCUUUUCAGAUGAAAUCUUCUACUAUUCUGCUCCUUCAGGGACUCCCCGCUCCAGCAUCCUGAAACAAUGACUGGCUGGUUAGCAGGCCUCUGCAGAGCUGGCUGACUAAUGAGGGAAUUCAGCCGCUUGAUUUACGCGUGUUAGGGGUUUAUCUAAAAUAUGCAGAAGACUGGCGGUGGACACUCCUGUGCUAAUUGAUAAUUAACAAGUAAAUCAUAUUCUUUUCAUUUUAUUUCUGUUUAGUUGAAGCCAAAAUAUAUGUUCCCUUUGGAACAUAUAUUUUGGCAUAUACUAUGGCUAAGAAAUAUUAAAGCAAUUUUGUUCAUGUGGUAUUGAUGCCAGGAACACAGUAGACCUCAUGAAGCGAAAUGGAACAUUUCUUACAUGAUGGAUACAGGUGCUGCAAUUUUUGUACGAACUAAUACACAUUUCUUCAGCAGAAUUUUAUACAUUCAUGUAUCACAUGUCAUAUAUAUAUGUAUGUUUGUGAAAGUAUUCGGCCCCCUUAAACUUUUCAACCUUUUGUCGCUUUUCAGGCUUCAAACAUAAAGAUCUAAAGUUUUUAUUAUUUUGUGAAGAAUCAAUAAGUUGGACACAAUCAUGAGGGGGAAUGAAAUGUAUUGGAUAGCGCUACUUUUUUAACAAAUAAACUACUGGAAUAUUAUUCGGCCCCCUUGCGUUAAUACUUUGUAGCUCCACCUUUUGCUGCAAUUACUGCUGCAAGUCACAUGGGGUAUGUCUCUAUCAGUUUUGCACAUCGAGAGACUGAAAUUCUUGCCCAUUCUUCCUUGCAAAACAGCUGGAGCUCAGUGAGGUUGGAUGGAGAGCGCUCUUCUGCUCUUUCCACAGAUUCUCGAUUAGAUUCAGGUCUGGCCUUUGACUUGGCCAUUCUAAAACCUGGAUAUAUUUAUUUGUAGGUUUUGCUUUAUGUUUGGGUUCAUUGUCUUGUUGGAAGAUAAAUCUCCAUCCCAGACUCAGGUAUUUUGCAGACUCCAAUAGGUUUUCUUCCAGAAUGGUCCUGUAUUUGGCUCCAUCCAUCCAUCUUCCCAUCAAUUUUAACCAUCUUCCCUGUCCUUGCUGAAGAAAAGCAGGCCCAAACCAUGAUGCUGCCACCAACCAUGUUUGACAGUGGGGAUGGUGUGUUCAGGGUGAUGAGCUGUGUUGCUUUUAUCCCAAACAUAUCGUUUUGCAUUGUGGCCAAACAAUUUUGGUUUUGCUUUCAUCUGACCAGAGCACCUUCUUCCACAUAUUUGGUGUGGAAGAAGGGAUGGCCCUCUAAACUUUCUUGGUGGAUUUGCAGUAGUCUGAUACUCCUUCCAUUUCAAUAUGAUUGCUUGCACAGUGCUCCUUAAAGCUUAGGAAAUCUUUUUGUAUCCAAAUCCAGCUUUAAACUUCUCCACAACAGUAUCUCAGACCUGUCUGGUGUGUUCCUUGGUCUUCAUAAUGUUCUCUGCGCUUUAAACACAACCCUGAGAGUAUCACAAACCAGAUGCAUUUUUAUAGGGAUUUGAUUACACACAGGUGGAUUCUGUUUAGCAUCAUCAGUUAUUUAGGACAACAUCAGAGAUCCUCACUGCACUUCUGGAGUAACUUUGCUGCAAUGAAAGUAAAUGGACCAAAUAAUAUUGCACGUCCCACUUUGCAGUAUUUUAUUUGUUAAAGAAGUUUAAAAUAUCCAAUAAAUUUUGUUCCACUUCACGAUUGUGUCCCACUUGUUGAUUCUUCACAAUUAAAAUUUUAGACAUUCAUACACACACACAAACGCACACGCACACACACAGAUUUUUUGGAAGCAGAUCUUGGGGUGUUGAUGGAAAUUUUGCAAACCGAGAAGAUUCAUCACAAUUAAGAAGAACAGAACUUUACAACAGUACAGUUGAAAAACCUAACAGGCAAUGUUGUUCUAGACCAGGGGUGUCGAACUCCAGUCCUCGAGGGCCGGUAUCCUGAAACUUUUAGAUGUGCCUUUGCUGCACCACACCUGAACAGAAUAAUUAGGUCAUUAAGGCUCUGGAGA